AGUAUCCGAAGAUGACGUUGUAGUGUGUGUGCGUAUGUAUGUGUUGUAUGAGAAAGAGGGGCGGGGGAAAGGGGGCUCGUUCGGCGAGUUGGCGUGUGUGCGACGAGUGGAGGGUGCUCCGGCUUUGUUUCGCCUGGUGGGAUACGCAGCAGUUGAUCGGCGUUUUUUAUGCAAGCGGGGAAUCCCUUUGCUGCUGUGUUCAUAAGAGAACCAGAGAAUGGCGGCUAACAUGUAUAGAGUUGGAGAUUAUGUGUACUUUGAGAACUCCUCCAGCAACCCGUACCUGAUCCGCCGCAUCGAGGAGCUCAGCAAGACGGCAAAUGGAAAUGUAGAAGCCAAAGUUGUGUGUCUGUUCAGGAGGAGAGACAUCCCCACUCAUCUCAACAGCCUGGCAGACAACAAUGCAAAGGAGUUUGAGGAGGACUCCAAACAGCCGUCGUCUUCGGAGUCACAGAAACACCAGCUGAAGCACAGGGAGCUUUUCCUGUCUCGCCAGUUUGAGUCCCUCCCCGCCACUCACAUACGGGGGAAGUGUAACGUCACGCUCCUAAAUGAGACUGACCUGCUCACCAGAUACCUGGAGAAAGAGGACUCCUUCUUCUACUCACUGGUGUUUGAUCCGGCCCAGAAGACUCUGCUAGCAGACCAGGGGGAGAUCAGGGUUGGAUCCAAGUACCAGGCUGAGAUUCCGGACAGGCUGGCCGAAGGGGAUUUGGAUGGCCGUGUGCAGGAGAAGCUGGAGACCAAGGUGUGGGACCCAGACAACCAGUUAAAGGACUCACAAAUUGACCAGUUCCUAGUGGUGGCACGUGCCGUCGGGACGUUCGCUCGCGCGCUCGACUGCAGCAGCUCCAUCCGCCAGCCGAGUCUCCAUAUGAGCGCUGCUGCCGCCUCCAGAGACGUAACACUGUUCCACGCCAUGGACACACUGCAGCGGAGCGGGUAUGACCUGGCACAGGCUAUGUGCGCGCUGGCACCCCAGGGGGGGCCAGUGCUGUGCCGGGAUGAGAUGGAGGAGUGGGGAGCGUCGGAGGCCAUGCUGUUUGAGGAGGCGCUGGAGAAGUACGGCAAGGACUUCACCGACAUCCGGCAGGACUUUCUGCCCUGGAAGUCUCUGGCCAGCAUUGUGCAGUUCUACUACAUGUGGAAGACCACGGACCGCUACAUCCAACAGAAACGUCUCAAGGCCGCGGAAGCAGAUAGCAAACUGAAGCAGGUUUACAUCCCUACCUACACCAAACCCAACCCCAACCAGAUCAUGGCGCCGGGCACCAAACCUGGCAUGAACGGGUCGGCAGGGUUCCAGAAGAUCCUGAGCUGCGAGAGCUGUUUCACUGCACAGUCUCCACAGUGGUAUGCCUGGGGGCCUCCCAGCAUGCAGUGCAGACUGUGCGCGUCGUGCUGGAUCUACUGGAAGAAGUAUGGAGGACUGAAGACCCCCACACAGCUAGAGGGCGGCGCACGACCCAGCACGGAGGCGGCGCCCAGAGGUCACAUGACUCGGACGGAGGCGCAGGGCAUGCCCCCGUACGCCAUCAGCGCCGGCCGGGCCAAGCUGCUGGCCAAGAACCGGCAGACCUUCAUCCUGCAGACGACCAAGCUGAGCCGCGUGGCGCGCCGCGUGUGCCACGACGUCCUGCAGCCGCGCCGCGCCGCCCGCCGCCCUUACGUCCCCAUCAACUCCACCGCCGUCAAAGCCGAGUGUAUGAUCAGACUCUCUAAGUCCUCGAAGGCUCCUGUGAAGGCCAGGGCCUCGCCCCGGGCAGACCUGGCCACCAUAGUGAAAGAGCUGGCAUUGCAGGCUCCGCUACGGCUCAAGGCUCCUAGCAGCACGACAACUGCCAUGAGCGGUAACCAAGGCAACCAGCCUCGUGGUGCCUCAAACCUGCUGGGCAAGAGGCCCUUCGAAAGUGUGGGAGGUGCCGAGCUGUCCACCAAUGGGAGACCAUUUACCUCAGGCAUGCGGACAACCUCACAAUCUCUAGUCAAGAGGCAGAAGGUGAACCAAGGAGACUCCCCAACCCCAGUGGUGUUUGUGGCGACUAAAUAUACCAGAGCCCUGAGGAAGGCUCUGACCCAGACUGAGAUGAGGCGUGCUGCCAGGAAACCCCACUUCCCCCUCAAGGUCAAGGUCCUCCCCCCUCCCCCUCCUGCCCCCAUCCUGCCGCCCCUCAGCAGUGAGCCUAUUGUGCUGGAGGACUGAGGACUGGGGGGCAGGGAGGGGGGGUCUCUGCAGUGCAGUGUCCUUCACUUUCACCUUUCAGUUUAUAAUUCAGUUACAUCCCAGGAACACACAUUCCUCAGCCACAUCCCCCCCCCCCACCCCCCCCUCACACACACACUCGCAGUAGGGUAUGUGUGCGUGUGUGUGUGGUGUGUGCGUGCAUUCGCCUGUGUGUGUCUGUGUGUGCGUGUGUAUGUGUGGUGUGUAUGCAUGCAUUCGCCUGUGUGUGUGUGUGUGCGUGUGCGUCUGUGUGCGUGUCUGUGUGUCUGUGUGUGCGUGUAUGACACUUUUUCUAUUGUUUUUUUUGGGGGAGGUGGGGUGAAUGGGCGAUGGUGUGUUGGAUUAUGCUCUGCUGUUACUGCCCACCUCCACCAUGCGUCAGCACACAGGUCAUGUGGUCAAAAGUACAGCUGUGUGUGUCUGUUUCUCUGUAACACCCUCACCUCCUUUUCCUUAAUCAUGUACAAUGCAUUGCUCUCCCCCCCCCCCCAACACAUCCAAUCAGGUUAUGAGCAUAACACACAACGUCUUCACAUUAACUUAAAAUCUUAAAAGUAAUAUUUUUGUACAAAAAGCUUGUAAUUUGUUCUCAACAUGGAAAGGGUUAAUAUGCUCUCCGUGGCUGGGGUUUUGGGUAAGGGUUUGGAGGAAUGGGAUCUAAAUUUUGUACAUUUAAAAAU